AUGGAUAUGCAUGCCUUAGGUGUUCUUAAGUCUAUAUACAGCUGUGAUUUCCGCCUAAUGGAGGACAAAAUAUCUUUGUGGAGUUUUGCCAAGGGACGUGGGGAUUUCAACUGGACAAAAUCAUUAACAGACUGUGGUGGACACUUACAAUAUUGUUUCGACAAGCAAAUCCGUCGGUGUGGUAAUGCGACAUCCAUAGUGACCAAGGUUGUGAGAGUCACUGUAGGUUUGGUUGGUAGGAUGCUUGACAAAUAUCCUAAUUUAAAAAUAAUUCAUUUAAUGAGAGACCCAAGAGCUGUAUUGAGUUCUAGGAUGGACAUAUGGCCGUCCAACACCAAAAACAUACUGGAGACUGCUCGUAGUCUUUGUCGGAAAAUGAAGGAGGAUUUGAUGGACUCGAAGCAACUUCUAACCAGAUAUCCUCACAGAGUUCGUACAGUGUUUUAUGAAGAUCUGGCACAAGAACCUAUCAAGAUCACAAAAGAUCUUUAUCAAUUUGCAAAUUAUGAUUUUACAACUGAAGACGAAAUACGAAUUAGAAGUAUGACUGGGUCUUACUUGACCGUUACAAAGGCAGCACGUAAAUGGAGUUUAUUUAAGCAGAAUUCCAGUGAAACGGCACGAAAAUGGAGAUUGACCAUGCCGCCAUCUGUCUCGCUUCUGACGGGAUUGGGAUGUAAUGAGGUGUACGCUCUCGCUGGGUAUCCCGAGCUGAAGGACAAAGCAGAUCUUCGGAACUCUAGCAUACCACUCAGAUUGGCACUAAACUCGAAAUCCUUGUUGUAUGAAUACCUAUCUGUCAGUUCAUGA